CGCGGUCACACUGAUCCCCGAACACGUCAGCUACACGGCGGAUUGAUUGAAAACAAAUUGUUUCCAUCGUCUCGUAAAUCAAAUUAAUUGUAGUUUACUCUGCCAGACGUAAGCCAGGCACUUGAAGAUUCUUUUGUUCUGUGGCUGACUGUUUCAACUGCUGCGCUACGAAAAUGGUACUCAUUGCUGCGGCAGUCUGCACAAAGAAUGGCAAAGUCAUACUGUCACGUCAGUUCGUGGAGAUGACGAAGGCACGCAUCGAGGGUCUGCUGGCCGCCUUUCCCAAACUGAUGACAUCCGGCAAGCAGCACACCUACGUGGAAACGGACUCUGUGCGCUAUGUCUACCAGCCGAUGGAGAAGCUCUACAUGCUCCUCAUAACCACAAAGGCCAGCAACAUUUUGGAGGACUUGGAAACGCUGCGCCUCUUCUCCAAAGUGAUCCCAGAGUACAGCCACUCGCUGGACGAGAAGGAGAUUGUGGAGAAUGCUUUUAAUUUGAUUUUUGCCUUCGAUGAGAUUGUGGCCCUCGGCUACAGGGAGAGCGUCAAUCUGGCCCAGAUCAAGACCUUUGUGGAAAUGGACUCGCACGAGGAGAAGGUUUAUCAGGCAGUGCGCCAGACCCAGGAGCGUGAGGCACGCCAGAAGAUGCGCGAAAAGGCCAAGGAGCUGCAACGUCAGCGCAUGGAGGCCAGCAAGCGUGGCGGUCCAUCGAUGGGCGGCUUCAGUGGUCGCAGCGGUGGCUUCAGCUCCGACAGCUUCGGCAGCAGCGGCAUGAGUGGCGUCUCAAGCAGCGCCCAUGCGCCAUCCAUUGAGCUGGACAGCAAACCAAUCUCCAGCAAGGCGACAGUAAAACCAUCAUCGCGCAAUGCACUGAAGCUGGGUGGCAAGUCCAAGGAUGUCGACAGCUUUGUCGAUCAACUGAAGAGCGAGGGCGAGAAGAUAGCCAAUCUGGCGCCAGCAGCAGCUGCCACUGGCUCUGGAUCAGCGACUAAUGCCAGUGCUGCGGCCAAGGCAGCCAUGUCCGCUGACAUUCACAAGGAAAGCGUUCAUCUGAAGAUUGAAGACAAGCUGGUGGUGCGUCUGGGACGCGAUGGCGGCGUGCAGCAGUUUGAGAAUUCCGGCCUGUUGACCCUUCGCAUCACGGACGAGGCAUGCGGACGCAUCUUGCUGAAGCUGUCCCCCAGCCACGCACAGGGCCUGCAGCUGCAGACGCAUCCAAAUGUGGACAAGGAGCUGUUCAAGGCGCGCAGCAUGAUUGGGCUUAAGAAUCUGGCGAAGCCAUUCCCCAUGAACACCGACGUUGGUGUCCUCAAAUGGCGCUUUGUCUCACAGGAUGAGACGGCCAUUCCAUUAACCAUCAACUGUUGGCCCUCGGACAAUGGGGAGGGCGGCUGCGAUGUGAACAUUGAAUACGAACUGGAGGCACAGCAUCUGGAGCUGCAGGAUGUGGCCAUUAUAAUACCCUUGCCGAUGAAUGUACAGCCGACGGUGGCCGAAUAUGAUGGCACGUAUAACUAUGAUGCACGCAAGCAUGUUCUGCAGUGGCACAUUCCCAUAAUCGAUGCCGCCAACAAGUCGGGCUCGAUGGAGUUCAGCUGCAACGCAUCCAUUCCGGGUGACUUCUUCCCCUUGCAAGUGUCAUUCGUCUCGAAGACGACAUAUGCCGGCGUCAUUGCCCAGGAUGUCAUCCAGGUGGACAGCGAGGCGUCGGUCAAGUAUUCAAGCGAAUCCAUAUUGUUUGUGGAGAAGUACGAGAUAGUGUAGGUCCCGCCAUGCCUGCCUGAGUAAUAGUACAUAAUGCAUACACCUAGAAAUCCAUUCUACGUUUUUUUUCGAAGCGACUUUUGCGCGAAAUGUUCGACUCAAUUCGAUUCCACAACAUGUUAUAGAUUACUUUUAAUAUAUUUAAAUGUCCAAUUGGC